CACGGAAGUGGUUGGUUGCGUCAUAUUUUGGCGUCGUCGCGCUCGUACGUGUAGGUCUCUGCUCUGAAACCCAACCAUGGCUCGAAACGCAGAAAAGGCCAUGACGGCCUUGGCCAGGUUUCGUCAAGCUCAACUAGAAGAAGGGAAAGUGAAGGAGAGACGGCCAUAUCUUGCCUCAGAAUGCAACGAAUUGCCUAAAGCAGAGAAGUGGAGACGGCAGAUCAUCAGUGAGAUUUCAAAGAAGGUGGCACAAAUUCAGAACGCUGGAUUAGGGGAAUUCAAGAUCCGAGACAUGAAUGAUGAAAUUAACAAGCUUCUCCGUGAGAAGGGCCACUGGGAGGUUCGAAUCAAAGAACUGGGAGGCCCUGACUAUGCAAGAAUCGGGCCGAAGAUGCUGGAUCACGAGGGCAAAGAAGUGCCAGGAAACAGAGGCUACAAAUAUUUUGGUGCCGCAAAAGAACUACCUGGAGUCAGAGAGCUAUUUGAAAAAGAACCUGUACCACCACCCAGAAAAACAAGGGGUGAGCUAAUGAAGGACAUCGAUGCUGAGUAUUAUGGCUACCGAGAUGAGGACGACGGUGUGUUAGUGCCCUUGGAACAAGAAUAUGAGAAACAAGCAAUAGCAGAGGCUGUUGAGAAGUGGAAAGCAGAAAAAGAGGCUCGUUUGGCUGGGGGUGGAGGGGCGAAGGAGGUGGAAGAAGAGGAGGAAUACAUAUAUGCUGUCAAAGAUGAUGAGUCUGAUGAUGAGAUGAGGGAUCCGAUGGAGGGGGAGGAUGGAGCACAAACGUUUAUUGCUCAUGUACCUGUGCCAUCACAGAAAGAGAUUGAAGAAGCCUUGGUCAGAAGAAAGAAGAUGGAGCUGCUCCAGAAGUACGCCAGCGAGAGCUUAAUGGCACAAAGUGAAGAAGCUAAAGCGCUGCUCGGCUUGUAACGAUACCCGUCUUCGUGUAUGGGCAUCAGGAUUUUUACCAUCAAGCAAGUUCAUGCGUUUAAUUCUUUUGAGGGGGUUCAGGUGAUGAAUUGUAAAUGUGUAUGUCAUUCAAAAACUGGAACCCUUGAAUCCAUUUUGAUGUGCACUUGACUAACUCCACAAAACUGGUAAGAUGCAUUGCAGUGGCUCAUAUAUGCCAAUACAUCUGACAUUUCUGUUUAUGAGAGGAGUGUUUUUACGAUGUGAUUAUACCACCAUUUCCAAAUGUCAAACACUCUAUAUAGCCAAAAAGUUGGGGACACCUGACCAUCACACCCGUAUUGAACAUCCCAUUUCAGAUUUAGUCUCCCUUUGCUGUUAUAAUAACCUCCACUAUUCUACGAAGGCUUUCCACUAGAUUUUGGAAUGUGGUUGUGGGGGUUUGUCCGUUCAUCCACAACAGCAUUAAUGAGGGCAGGCACUGAUGUUGGGUGAGGAGGCCUGUGAUGCAGUUGGUGUUCCAGUUCAUCCCAAAGGUGUUCAGUGGGGUUGAGGUUGGAGCUCUGUGCAGGCCACUCGAGUUCUUCUUCACCAGCCUUGUCUUUAUGGAACCAGCCAUGUCUUUAUUGAGCUCACUUUGUGCACAGGGUAAUUUUCAUGCUGGAACAGGUUUGAGCCUCUUAGUUCCAGUGAAAGCAAAUUGUUAUGCUACAGCAUACAAAGACAUUCUAUAUGAUUGUGUGCUUCCAACUUUGUGGCGACAGUUUGGAGAAGCCCAAAUAUGGGUUGUGGUGUUCCGGUGUCCGCAUACUUUUGGCCAUAUAGUGUGUUUUCGGGGAAUAUGCUGUUGAGUAUAAACAUGAGCAAACAGUUACUUGUAAAUAUGUUUUGUAUACAAUGCUUAAAUUUUUUGGACCAGUAAAAUUUUUCUACACAA